GAGGCGGCUCAACCGGCUCCCGUCGCCGCGCUGCUGCAAACUGGGACGGGAGGGGCCUGGGUGUGGCCCCUAACUCCCGCGAAGUGGAGCUCCUGACCACGCCCCCGCAAAGUCUGUUACGUACUUUCACCCCCUGACCUUUGAGGAAAGAGAAUUCUGGAGCUUGAGGAAAUCAUUUUCCAUUCCCAGCUAUAAAGGAAAAAGAUGGUUAUACCCACCACCGCGGCAACACCUCUAAGUCUUACUUCCGCACUUCCUGUCUUCAGAUUCUGAAUUUUCUCCCUUUUCUUUGUUUCUCCUCUGGUGGGGGUUUGUAAGCAUUGACUGCAGUUCUGAAUGAAGUUCCUUCUGUAGGUUUUGAGUCAACAGCUGUGAGUCAUCUUGGUAAUACCGGGUUGGAUGCCUAAAGCUGCCAGAAAAAGGAUCAGGAGAACUUUCAGGAAGAAACUAUCCAACAAUUCAGAUAUGGCAGAAAUGAAGUCGAUGUUCCGGGAAGUUCUUCCAAAACAAGGGCAGUUGUCUGUAGAAGAUAUAACCACAAUGGUGCUGUGUAAACCCAAACUUUUACCCCUAAAAUCUCUGACUCUGGAAAAACUGGAGAAAAUGCAGCAAGCAGCACAGAAUACAAUUCGCCAACAGGAAAUGGCAGAAAAGGAACAACCGCAAAUAAAUCACUGAAUGAUAACUUAACACUUCCGCAGAACACCCUACACCUUCCUUAUUAUUAACAAUAGCUAGAAAAUAACCUGCAUCUGUAUGCUGAAAGUAUUAACAAUAGCUAGAAAAUAACCUGCAUCUGUAUGCUGAAAGCAGUAUGUAUUAAGAAAACAGAUUUUAUUCCCAUAAUAAAAAAAUAACCAAGAUUAAUAAAACUUGGAUUGUGAAUUUAAACACUCUGGUUUGUGCUGAACAGAAGCAAUUUUAAAACUUUGAACCCAGAUUUUGGUUUAUUUUAACCCAAGUUUUUAGAACUGCAAAUUAUUGUUCACCAUUCCUGUUACUAUCGAUUUUCUAGAUAACAUUCUUAGGCAUGAGUAAAUGCACCUUUUAUUGUCAGAAUCCUGUAAAUGUUGUUUAUUAAAAACUGAAUUUGAAGAAUUUUGUGUCAUGACACAUUUAAGGCUAUCCUGCCUGACCAACUGAUGCUACUAGUAAUGACAAAACUGUAUUUCUUAAAUUUAAUGUUUAAGAAACCCUCACCUAUCCAGUAGUUAUCUAAGCUUUUAAUUAUACUGAUUUUAAGGACUUACCUGGCCACCUUUGUCUUCCAGGUAUCAAACACAAUUUUAAAACCUAAAAAUGGAAAUUAACAUGGACUUGAAAGAGCCCAUGAAGUAAAUAUGAACAUAAAAUUGGAAGUUUUCAUUCUAAAAGACCGUAGCUAAACCUGUAAUGGGUAUGUUCUAAGAAUACCUUUGUGAAUUCUGAAUAUAAUUCUUGGUUGGUUUGCUGCAGUCAGUAUCAGACAAUUUAAAUUAGUAUGGACCUUGAGGCCUUGCUGAGUAUUUAGGCUCUGCAAAAGAGGUCAGAAAUGUGAUCAUUCUUUAGAUAAUUGUUACUUAUUGGUAACUAUUUUCUCAGACACUGGGUAAAUGUAAAACUAUUGAGUCUUUGAAGAAUAAUUUUUUGUAACACAAGCAUUACUCGGUAAUAAAAUUUAAGAAUUAUGAAAGGUAUAUAUGUUUUAGAAAUUUCAUUAAGCUCUAGAUAAGAUCAAAAACAGGUAAGUGUGCAAGUAUUUCCCACCAAGUAUAAUAUUAAAAUAAUUUAUUUACUACUGUACUCUUGUUU